AUGUAUUUUAUUAAAUAUUUCGUUAUCUUUGCCUUGUUUGCAAUCCAACUUAGUGUUCAAAAGCCAAAUUCUGCAGAUGUAAUAACAUAUGAAGCAUACGGUAGACCAGGAGAUCAAGGGUAUAGAGACGUAACAACAUUUAACGAAUUAGGUAGUAAAAGAUUUCAAAACUCUCCAGAUGUAACAACAUAUGAGCACGUAGUUGGUCCAGCAACAAACUUUAACGGAAAAGGUAGUGGAAUACCUACAUUAUAUGUUUAA